GCUCCGACCUCCGACGGGAAAGGUUGUGCGGCCCUUUACUGAAAUGUACUGUAUAAUACACGGCGAACACUACCAAGUCGUAUUUAAAUCAUAAAAAACGAGAUACUCCAGUUUUUACGAUUUGUAUCAAACAAAAAUUUCAUCAACAAUAAAAACCACCCCUGUAUGCGGUGACUUAAAAAUAUUUUUAACGCGUCUUUUGUGUUCGUUUCCGUUAAAGUAUUGAAGUUGAACCAAAAAGAAGUUUUCUUCUCCAUCUGACCCGGGGUAUCGUCCGAGUUCAGUUUGUGAAACCCGUUUUCGUUCUUUUUUUGUUUUUUUAGUUUUGGUCCGUUCGGUUUUUGUUUUAAUUUUGUUUGUUAUUCUUUUUUAUUUGGUGGUAUCGGUGAUAUUCUGUUGUUUUUCGAGAGUGUGCCGAAGAAGCUAAAAAAGAGAGCAGCGAAAGAGAGAAGUUAGUGAAAAAGUUUUGUAACUACGACACCGUAAAAGCUGCGUUAUCCACGUGCUACGCCACCCUCACUUGUUUACAAACAAAAUGGCGCGCGGCGAGAAAUUUUCUAGCGUGUUUGUGAUCAUCAGGAACGUGCAGCUGCUACUCGUUUUUCUUCUGUUUAUUGCUACCGGUGCAAACGCCGACUUUGAGAAUAGUUGGACGAUGUAUAUGGAACAACCUUGUUGUUCUGGUACUGCAAACCAUCACGUCAGACAUCAUAGAGAUCACGUACGAGAGUUCGCUUGCGGGAUGUUCUACUACAGAACUUUCUAUUUGGAUACUAAGAGGGACGCCCUCUACGUCGGAGCAAUGGAUCGUGUUUUCCGACUUAAUUUAAGCAACAUUAACCAGUCAAGUUGCGAG